AUGGACGAGGAUGAGGAUAUUUUUGGACUUUCUGAAGGGGAGGAAGACAAGGAGAAGGCGUCGCCGGAAGACAAGAAGCACGUGCUUCGACGCGAAUUGCGAGCGAUGAUGUACGGAUUCGGCGAUGACAAGGUGCCGUAUGACAAGACGGUCGACACGCUUGAAGCGAUCACGCUUCACUACAUCAAGGAAUUGUGUCAAGCGGCAAUGAAGAUUGGCAAACCCGAUCGUCUUGCACUCGAGGACAUUCAUUACCUAAUUCGUCGGGAUCCGAAGAAGUUUGCGCGCGUCAAAGAUUUGCUCUCGAUUUCCGAGGAGCUGAAAAAAGCGCGCAAGCAGUUCGACGAUGUCAAACCGAUCUAA